AUGGAUAGCGUGCCUGGCUUCCAUAGUCUAGGCUUGGUACAUGACAGUGCACGACAAGACUGUACCGUGCCUGCUAAUGUAUGCCCACCAUGUGGUGACGGUACUGGGGACGUAAUCAAGCCAUGCGGACCAUCAGUAGGUGUCAUUGUCGGGGCGGUCGUAGGAUCUCUCGCCGCCGUUGUUAUACUAUCUGUCAUUGUAUACUUUGUCUGCAAGAGACGCAGUGCAACCGAGCAGCAGCGACAUGAUGAUAUUCGUUUACCAAGCAUAUCUGGUCAUGUGAGUGCAGUCCACCCCGAAAGUCAACGUUCCACAGUUGAAAGUGUCUCCAGGCACGACAGGAAUGCUCGACCUGACGCAGUUGUCCACAAAUCAAACCUACGGGUCCGGGAAUACCCAAUGGAAGCAAUUGACGUCAAGAAAACAUUAGGUAGUGGAGAAUUCGGUGAUGUUAUACUGGUCAAAGUGAAUGAUGAUGACAGUGUUCCAUUUAAUGCUGCUGCAAAGAAAGUUAAAGAUAACGCAUCGCGUGAAGACGUCAGAGCCUUGAAACGAGAACUCGAGCUAAUGAAACAAUUGCCAAGACACGAUAACGUGGUAGAACUUCUAGGUUCCUCUACAUACAAUGGUAACCCGAUAAUACUUGUUGAAUACCUAAGCUUGGGCGACCUGUAUAACUACUUAGUGAGAAAACGAAAAAACUACAUCCAGAAAAGCGAUAUGACUAUCAGUAAAGAGUUUGCUAAGUUUGGAUGGCAAAUCGCCAGAGGAAUGGAACACAUAUCAUUAAAUAAAUUCCUGCACCGCGACCUUGCUGCCAGAAAUGUCUUACUGAGUGCAAACAAAGUAUGCAAGAUCUCCGACUUCGGUCUUUCAAGAGAUGUAGGUCCAAAGGAGAUGUACAGUACAAAGUCCCCAGGCCGUCUUCCAAUUAGAUGUAUGUCUCCUGAAGCUCUUUUCCACAAUAUCUACACAACAAAGAAUGAUGUUUGGGCCUAUGGUAUUCUCCUUUGGGAAAUACUAACAUUUGGUGCAACCCCUUAUCCAAGACUAACGACCGUUCAUGACGUCAGAAAUCACGUGAAAUCUGGGAGACUGAUGGACAAACCAGAACAUUGUGAUGAAGAUAUAUACAAUGUGAUGCAAGAAUGCUGGAAGCAAAAUGCAGAAGAAAGACCAACAUUCUCUAAACUUGUAUCCAAGAUGGAGGUCAUUUUACAACGGGACACUCCAAACUUGAGAACUUAUGAAUUUGAUGAAGGCCUUUACGUCAGUAUCACCAAUGAAAGUCUCGAAGAAAAACUAUAA